AUGUCCCAAGGCUACGAUACCGUUUCUAGCAAUGGGGAGCGUACUUUCCGCGGCAUCCCCCUUGCAGCCCUCCAAGGCAACACCGCUUGCCUCAAGUGGACCACAGACGACCGCGUCAAGUUUGACGCCCACCUAGCCCGCCACCGCGUCAGCAAAGCCAACACCUCAUACAUGUUAGACGAGCUCUGUACUGCUAUCGGUGCAGGCGGCAUCGACUCGCUCUGCCUCCGCAACAUACAGCGCCGCAUCCGCGACACGCUUAUCCAGCGCCUCGACAAGUUCGAGCGGGACGGCACUGUCCGCUUUGUCGUCGAUCCACGCACUGGCGGCAUCAAUGCCAUCUGGCCGCGGUGGACGCAGGAGUGGGCCGAGGAAUCCUGGGAUGGGUGUGUCGAGUCGCCCUGGGCCUGGACGUGGAAGUUCGAGGAGACGGGCCGUCCGUAUGAGGAGAUUGAUGAGGAUGAGUUCCUUGGGGUUGGCAUCGACGACGACGACAACGGGCACAAUGGAGACGAUGGGAACGACAGGGACGACGACCGCGGUAGGUAUCGUGACGGGAAUGCUCGCCGGGAUGUCCGGCUAGGCCGCUCGGCGAGUCCCCUUGCCGUGCGCAUCGCAGGGGGUGGCCGCAGGUCGCCAAUCCGGCGUAUGCCAUUGAGCGCAGACGGUCGUGCCUGCUCCCCCUAUGUGGGCACCGCAAGGAUUAUCGACCACCAAGGUGACCAGACAAUUCGCGCCUCUGCUCCCCCAGAUAUGAAUACCCGGUCAGGCGGCGACCUCAGUGCGGCAGGAACCCCGAUUGCUGCCAACUCGAUCGCCGACCCUGGUCUCCACCCCGAUCCUCCUCUUCUGCACAAUGGGGAGGCAGCAGAAACAGCCGCGCCGUCCCCCCUGGAAGUGAUGCGUGCUAUACGCGACCGGCUCAGCUUAGAGCGCCAUGCCCGCCAGCGCGAGCAUUCCCACGUCGUGGACCUGCGGACCCCAUCGCCGCAGCGGGACACGGCGCGCGACGCCGACCCGCACCGCAACCACGCAUACUUGGAGGGCCAGCCGUAUGACAUCGAUGACCCAGAGGCGCACAGCGCGUGGCUGGCGUCGCAUGCUUGGGGCUAUGGUGCUGUGACGCAGGCGGUUGUGCAUGCGGCUGCGAGGGACUUGUUUGAGAUGCAAGGGUAUGGUCGUGUGGGGCGGAGGGAGGAGGUAAAGAGGUGGUGGAAUGCGGCGGGGUUGGAGGAGCUGAGGAUGGAGAGGGCGUUGGAGGAGAUGGGAGGGGUUGAUGGGGAAUUCUUGGGGGCGUUCCUGAGGGCAGCUCGGUUGGAUGCUGAGGAGUUGGAUUGGUAG